GCGGCAGCGCGUCAGUGAGUAAACAAACAUUUGAAGAGCGUUUCGAAGCUACACGAAAAUCAACAUAAACAAGCAUGUCGCUAAUGCCAUAUUGGUUGAGACAUCUGAGGAACUUGGCGUACCGGGAUCCAGUUGUCAGGGUGUUGGAGGAUCCUUUCAGUGCAUUUUCACGCGACCCUUUCUUCCGGGACCCGGUGAAAUACAUCAAACAUCUGACCGCGCCGAUAGAGAAAGAGUACCAUGGGAUUGAAGGAAUCUACUCGGAUUCCGAGGUGAAAGUCGACGGGAAGAAGGUGGAGGUGCACCUCGACGUGCAGAACUUCACGCCUGAACAGAUCGUAGUUAAGACUGUGGGCAACGAGAUAAUGGUGGAAGGUAAGAAGGAGGUGAAGCGUGAGGACGGGUGGACGCGUAGCCACUUCGAGCGGCGGUUCCUGCUGCCCGAGGGGUUCCCGCCGGAGCGCGUCGAGUGCCACCUAGACAAGGGCAAGCUGAAGCUGAUCGCUUUCCGCGCCGAGGCCUUGGAGGAGAGGAAGAUCCCCAUACAGGAGAAAUCCAGUUCGGAAGACGGAAAGAAGGAUUGACUGGCUUAUUAGUUAGCAUUUCCUUUAGAAAUGGUAAAUAUUGUGAAAAUGUAAUGUGCAAGCUCUGUGAAUGCAGACAUUUUUAUAAAACAUAUGUGAUUGUGAAUAGAUUUUUUUUUUAAUGAAAAAAGAUUUAUAUUCAUUGUUAAUGAAAAAUUGUGCCUAAACAAGAUUUACUGCCACGGAUAUGUUUAAAGACUUUAAAUUUUGUUUAGGCAUAAUUUAUCAUUUAAAAUUAUUCAUUCAUUGGCGAUAUUUGGUGAGACUGAUUAUUUUAUAUU